ACAAGCACUUCCGUGACGUCAUAUUUACACGCGGUGUUGAAAUCUGGAUUGUUCACUUAUUGUGAAACUCUUUUCUUAUUUUUACUCAUUUAUCAAUCCAACAAAUAGUUAAACAGAAUGGCUUCUGAAAACGGCCGUAUAAAUGCCCCAGAUUCUUGGGACCAAGAUGACCAAGACGACUCCACCUCAGGGUUGUCAAAACCUCCCUCCAGCUUGAAUGCGAAUGCGGCUGCUUUUAUUCCAGGAAAAAACCCUUACGCCAGCGAAUUUGUACCGUCAUUUGGAAACAAGAAUAAUCAGGCUGUAGAUUCAACACCAAAUCCACCAGAGAAAGAAGAGGAGACAAUGAAUACAAAUAAUGAAGUUGCCGCAGAUUGGGAAGGUGAAACAGUAACAGAGCCUGAGAAAGCUGAAACACCUGAAGAGAAAAUUGAAACAAAUGAUGAUGGAGGGGGUAAAGAUGAAGAGCUAGAUGAAGAAUCUGAGGAGGAGGAUUCUGAGGAAGAAGAUGAAGGGGGGACAACUUCUGUUGUCAAACCCAAGAAAAUCAUUCAAGAACAAGAAUCUGGUGAAAAGAAAGAUCAUGUUAAUGUGGUCUUCAUUGGUCAUGUAGAUGCUGGAAAAUCAACUAUUGGUGGUCAUUUGAUGUAUCUGACUGGUAUGGUUGAUAAAAGAACUCUUGAAAAAUAUGAAAGGGAAGCUAAGGAGAAAAACAGAGAAACAUGGUAUCUGUCGUGGGCUUUAGACACAAAUUCAGAAGAAAGAGAGAAAGGAAAAACAGUAGAAGUAGGCAGGGCAUACUUUGAGACAGAGAAAAAACAUUUUACAAUACUAGAUGCCCCAGGGCAUAAAUGUUUUGUACCCAACAUGAUUGGUGGAGCUUCCCAGGCAGACUUAGCAGUAUUGGUAAUAUCAGCAAGAAGAGGUGAAUUCGAAACAGGAUUCGAGAAAGGUGGACAAACAAGAGAACAUGCCAUGUUGGUAAAAACAGCGGGAGUAAAAUUUUUGAUAGUUGUGAUAAAUAAAAUGGAUGACCCAACAGUCUUGUGGUCAGAGGAAAGAUAUAUUGAGUGUAAAGAGAAAUUGAUUCCUUAUUUACGGAAAGUUGGAUUUAACCCAAAGACAGAUAUAUAUUUUAUGCCCGUGUCUGGUAUGACGGGAGCAUUCCUUAGGGAUAUACCAGAUGAAAGUAUUUGUCCAUGGUACAGGGGUCCAGCAUUUAUAGAAUAUAUUGACCAGUUGAAUCUAUCGAGUAGCAGUGAAGAUAUUGAUAAACCUGUAAGGAUGCCUAUAGUUGACAGAUAUAAGGACAUGGGAACCAUUUUACUUGGAAAAUUAGAAACGGGUACUAUCAGCAAGAACCAAACAUUAACUAUAAUGCCUAAUAAGCAAAAUGUAAAAGUAAUGCAGAUGUGGUCUGAUGAUAUUGAAACAGAUAGUGCAAACCCUGGGGAAAAUCUCAAAAUCAAAGUUUCUGGAGUAGAGGAAGAGGAUAUAACUGGUGGUUUUGUGUUGUGUUCACCUGAAAAUUUAUGUCAUACAGGAAAAUUGUUUGAUGCUCAGAUUGUUAUUUUAGAACACAAAUCUAUUAUUUGUGCGGGAUACAGUGCAGUUUUACAUUUACAUACAUCUUCAGAGGAAGUUACGAUCAAGGCAUUAUUGUGUAUAAUAGACAAAAAAACUGGAGAAAAAACUCAAAUAAAACCCCGAUUUGUUAGACAAGAUCAGUUAGCUAUAGCAAGGAUGGAAGUAAAUGGAGGUUUAAUCUGCCUAGAAACUUUCAAAGACUUCCCACAAAUGGGACGAUUCACACUUCGAGAUGAGGGUAAAACAAUUGGAAUUGGAAAGGUGCUGAAAGUUUUAGACUAAAUAAACCAUUAAUUCCACACCACCUGUUAGUAUGCAAAAUACACAUAUCUGAAUGCCACUAAACAGGUUUUGGUGCCACUUCUUUGUCAAAUUUGUUGCUUAUAUUUCCGACUUCAGCCUACUAGUAUUUUAUGUCACAGUGAAGUAAAAUAAAGUUGUUCCUUGUAUCAUGUGUCAGAAACGUAACACUUGAUAACCAACAAUUCCAGUGAGGACCAAAUUAAAUUGUACAGAGUGAUUGAUAUUAGUACUCUAAAAAAGACUAGACUAUAAUUCAUUUGGGUACUAAUUUUUGUAGAUGAAGGUUGACUAUGAAUUUAAGUGUCAAAGAAUACUUUUAUAGGCUUGUAUGGAGAAUUUGCAAAAACAACAAAUCAAAUAUCCACAAAAAUAAUUUUUUUCUGCCAUCCACAAAAAUUAGUACCCACUUAGAUAAUGAAUUCACAGUAUACACUUUUCUGGAGAAAUAUGUUACUUAGAAAGAAAAUAGUUGUCUUGAAAUAUGGGGUAUCAACAGUUAAUAAUGAAUUUGUGACCUAAAAAUUUACUUUAGAAUUCCAACAGACUUUUCAAAAUAUUUGACUUUUGAUAAAAGCAAUCAUAUAUUCUCAGAGUAUGAACUGUAAGUGAAUGUAAAUUUGCCCUAUCAAUACAUAUAGGAAAAUCAAGACUUAACUUGAAACAUUUAUCACAGCCUUAAAGGUUGAACUGUUGCAAUGGGUUGGCAUUCAAACAAAGGGAAGAAUUUUUUUUUAAUCUGAAUUGAAAAAUGAAUGAGUCCGUAUUGAAAAUCUGAAAUACAUUAUAACCGUGAUAAGAAAUUUGGUAUGCUCUCCCAGCAGACCAGAACAGCCAAAAGACAAUCUCACACUAACAAUAAUACCCAUUGUAAUAUCAAGCUAAAAACUGUGAUGUCAAACAGAUCAGUACAAUUAAUAUGACAAUAAGUCUUGUUGGACAACGUCGCAUGAUCCUGUCUUUAGGCUGUGUUGCAUGGAUUACAAAAUUUACAAAGGAUUGUAUUGUAGAUGCAAGUAUAAACUAUAUAGCUGCUGUUAAUUGGUCAACUUUAUUUGACUUCACUUAUUCUAGAUGGGUCUUUCAGUCUUUAAUGUGACAUUACAUUAUGGUUGUUUCUAACUAUUGUUCUUACAAGUGCUGUGUGAUGAGAGAAGUUAGAGAUGUGAUGAUGAUUGCUAAAACUUUGUUCAAGUCUACCUUUAAUGCAACUUAAGACGAUUCAACAUUUGCAGUAAAUCAGUAAUGAUAUGUAAAUGAUGUACAAAUAGUGCUGAAAGAUUUGUUAAUUUAGUUACUUUGUUAUUUUACCAGAGAAUAUGAUACAUGUAUUUAUGAUUGUGCAGUUUGCUCACGGAGACAAACAAGGUCUGUGUCUGCUAUUGCAGUUAACUGUCGGUCUGUCAUCCAUAAGCCUUUUCAUCAACUUGGCUAAUCAGUAGCAAAGUAAACUGCAAAGACCCUUGUGAUGUCUACUUUCAAAACUACAUAUGAUGUGUCCAUUGACUUACUAAGAUGAAAGCUGUUAUAUGGAUGACACUAAAGUUUCAUUUUAAUAUGAUUUAACAGCAAGGUUUAGAUAUAGCUGAUUGUGGUUAUUUUUUUUAUUUACUGUGGAUUUCUUUAAUCUAUGUACAAUGCAGAUUUUUCUCAACAAGACAAGAUUUCUUUAAUCUAUGUACAAUGCAGAUUUUUCUCAACAAGAAAAAAAAAAAAGGGAGUAUCAGUCAUUCAGGCAAUUUCAGAUACUUGUCUCAGUCUGUGAAUGAUGGCUUAGGUUUAAACAGAAAAUAAUGGAACAUUGUUUUGAAUUCUUGAGAAACAAAGCUCUAUAUAAAGUGAAUGGACAAACAUUUUUUUUUUAGUUAAGAUGGGAAAACAUUCAAAGCAUUCUUUCCAACAGCAGAGUUGUUCAAACUUAUUCAGUCGGAAUCAUCUUCUUGUUGACAAUAUUUGCAUUCAUUUUAUUUUUUUCGGUUAAUUUUGUUUAAAAUAAAAUACGUUGUAUUUUAAAGUAGACAACACAUGACCAAUUUUGAUAGUUUUGCUACAGGAAACAGCUGAGUACUCAAAACCAAAAGAUGAGAGCUUAUCUUCAUUAUAUCAAUACAUCUGCAUAUCACACAUUUAUUGAGGUUAAAGGUUGUCCAAUAUUUCAAGAUGAAUAUACCAAAAAGAAAUUUGAAUUUCAUUUUUCAUAGAAUCCUAAAUAUGUAUCGAUUUUAGAAUCUAACUAUGCUGGAAAAAUUGAAAAUUAAUUGUUUGUUGAAAAUGUGCAACUGCUGGUUUAAAACAACAUUUUUCCCUUUUAAAAGUAUAAUUAAGAAGUUUGUUGUCAUUCCUAUUAGGGCCAGUAAUGUUAAAUUUUUUCAUCAAUUGUAUUGCAUUGUAUCUUUAUCUGGGUUGAUAUAUUUUUCAUAAGUAGUUUUUACUGGUUUUCAUUCAUGAUACUGUCUACAUAAAAUUCAUAAUAUUUUACUCUGUAUUGAAACUCAGCUUAUGUUUGAAUUGAUUUAUGAAGAUGAUAUAUAUAACGUAUUCCUUCUAGAUGCACUAUUGAUUCAUUUAUUUUCAAGGGUACCAAUUUUCAUGGAUUGAGGAAGAAUUGUAAUUUUUGUAUACUUAAUUUCGUCAUUUUUAACAAAUUCUAUAUACAAGCCUAAAGACUCUUUGUAUUUUGUUAAAAAGUUAUUUUUGAGCUUCACAGAUACCCAUGAAAUCAAGAAAAUUAGGGUCCUGUGAAUAAUAAUGAAUCCACAGUACAAAGGAAUUUUAUGUUAUUUUUGUGAUGACUUUUGUUUAAUGAGCAGAGUCUUGCCUUGUAUGCUACAUUGCACUUACUAAUUUUAUUUGAUGCAUCGUGUACAUGCUUGAAAAACCGAAGAAUCCUCCUAAAAUUGUUUCUUGGAGUUACCAUUACAAGUAUUGAAUUUUGUUCCUGUAACAAAGCUUUAAACAAAAAAUCUUUUAUGCCCCCGCCGUAGCGGUGGGGGCAUUAAGUUUUACCCUUGUCCGUCUGUACGUACUGCUGAAUUUUUCGUUUCUGUUCUCUACUUAAGUUAGCCUCAACCAAAUGUUAUGAGACUUACACACAAUGCUUAUUACCACAAAACUCAGAUCAAGUUCAAAUUUGGGAGCGUCACUUUUACCGUUCUUCAGUUAUGCCCCUUUAUAACUAUAUGAUAUGCAAGGGGGGGCAUCAUCUGUGUCCACAUAUGGACACUAUCCACAUUUCUUUUUUUUUUUUCUUUGAAGUUGCUAGAAGUAAUCUUUCUUCUAUAUGACCUUGAUGCUUCAUAUAAGAAAUAUUUGCAUGUUAAAAAUCUUAAUUACACACAAUUAAAAGCGAAUAAGUGUAAAAUGUUAUGUAAUUGUGCUAGUGCUGCGUAAAUGGAGUGCUUUAAAAUGUUGAUUUUUUUUCCUGUUUGUUUUUUUUUAAAGCAUACCAUCAGCCCAAACGAAAUAGAUGAAAUCUAUUAAAACUUUCUUCAGAAUUUGUUUCUAUUACAGAGUUGUUAUGCUCAUACAUACUCAUUGAUUAUAUUGAUAUAUGUAAGAUAUUUUGUAUAAAUAAACCAAGCAUUUUGUUUUCAAUUUUAAUGUGUUUUAUUGUCAUGAUUUAUUUCAGUAGUUUGUCAUGUGAUGGGUUUAUUUUUAGCUCUCCUGGCACAUAGAGUCAGUGAGAGUGAUUUGCUUUCACUUGGCAUCUUUCAUCCUUUAGUCAUUAACUUGAACCUUUUUGUUAAAUUGAAAAGCAAACAUUGCAAGAUGUAUCUUCAUGAACUAGUAGCAAAUUUUUUCAAAAUUAUUUAAAUAAUAUGAUGGUUUGAAAAUCUUUUCAUAAUUUUCAUUUGGUGCAGAUUGGAUGUCACAGAAGCAGCCAGAAAAAUUUUGAUAAAAGAGGAUUUACAUUGAAUCCGUUCGUAAAAACGAUUCAUUUACUAAGUAUAUGAAGCUCAUUUGAUUUUAUGUUCAGUAUAAAAAAAAUGCUGCCAGAGGCAAUCUUUGGUUGUAAUUGUCAGUUAUUUCGUUAAUUUCGUUUCAACUGAAAAUACAGGGCAUUACAUUAAAAAGGAAUGAUAGUUUGGAGACCAUCUACAUUAAGGUUCCUCAGUUUGUGCUACGAUAUCAUACAAGGUGAUUAUGGUGACACACUGGACCUAAAUCAAAACGGUAGAAUGAAUUCAAUAGAUGCAGAAAUAUUUUGAUAAUAUGCUAAAUUAACCAGUGGUUUUAGUGUAGAAAGUGAUGUCUUCAGCACACACACAUUCCUUUGCAAGUUCACCAGGUUAGCUAUACAGACUUGUGGAUUUUCUGGUUUUAUAAAGGAAUAGUCAGUAAUUUUGUAGUCCUGAAUUUUCCCACCCCAAUAUAAAGCCAUGCAAGGUAUUUUUAUGUUUGGUACAGAGGUAAAUGUUUGUUUUCCAGAUCUGUUUUAUUGAAAAUACUUUUAAAAAGAUACAAAAUUUUGUUUUUACAAUAAAUUCCUGUUUAGUUUAAUGUAUUGACUUUGUUUUCUUUUUAUAUUAAAUAAGAAAAGUUGAAUGCUUUGUUAUGAUAAAUGAAUACUUUGUCUGAAAUUCAAAGGCAGGAAAUGCACCAAAUGUCUGUAAAUUGUAAAACAAUAUGGAGAUAAUAAAAGCUUGUAUAAAUGAUAUUUUAUUUAUGAUAAUUUGUUUACACAUUUAUUGAUUCAAAAGAUGUCACAGUUAUGAAAUUAACUGAAUAAACAUAUGAAAGAUCUUUAA